CUAGUCAGCCACGGCGCGCGUCACUCGCAUCGCGCUCCGCUUGCGUCAACGGUCCGAUAGCCGAAAGCGAACCUGCGCCCGCCCGCCCAGAGACCUGUGCGUCUAUGCUUUCAUUUUAAUUAUACAUUCAAAUAAUAUUGUUUAUAAAUAUACUUGUUGUUUCAACUUGAACUAUCUGUGUUUAACUAUAGACAGAAAAGUUGUUUUAAAGUGUUCUUAUAACUGUUAAAACUUUCUCAAGUGGUUUUCCAAGGAUGUUAAUGAUAUAAGGAACUUUUCCGAAUUCAAGACGGCUGUGGAGAGCUUAAUUCACCCUGAAAUAGAAAAAGUGGUGGCCCGGAGCACCGAUGGAUCAGGCCUCGAUGGAGGCUGCGAAGACGACGUCUCGCGGCUGACCCCGGGCCUGCAUCCAGAAACAACUUUCGACAUGAACGAUCUGCCAUCGAACACCUACACGUUGGACACUCGCAGAAUGCAACUAUACUCGCACCCACACAUACAUCCCACGGAGCUGUCAAUACACGCGGUGUCAACACACGAGCUGCUGAAACCUAAGGAUGAACCCUCUUAUUCAUUGGCUGCUUCUACGAAUCUUUGCUCGGUCAGUUUACAUCACACAGGUUCUUCGCCGUACGACAGUAGGAUAUGCCUUCAAGAAAGCAACGCGGAUGCAACAAACUCUCAAAGCGUCAAAGGAGAAGAAGAUUUGUCACGAGUCUAUCAAACCCUUUCAUUGCCGACACUACCAAGAGACGAUAAUUCCAACAAUAGCAGUACUGAAACAAAGAGUAAAUCUAAGUCAACGACCCCGGCUAGCCCAGGAAAUUCAGAAAUGAAGCCGCAGUCUACCACAUCAACGUCGCAGGCGCUUACCAAACCUCCCUAUUCUUACGUAGCACUCAUUACGAUGGCAAUUCAAAACAGCCAAACGAAACGUGCUACGCUAAGUGAAAUUUACGCUUACAUCACCAAGGAAUUUCCAUUUUUCGAGAAGAAUAAGAAGGGCUGGCAAAAUUCGAUUCGGCAUAAUUUAAGUUUAAAUGAGUGUUUCAUUAAAGUACCAAGAGAAGGUGGUGGUGAGCGCAAGGGAAAUUAUUGGACCCUAGAUCCUCAAUGCGGAGAGAUGUUCGAAAACGGGAACUUCAGACGACGGCGGAGGAUGAAAAGGCCUUUUCGAGCUACUCCUUAUUCUAAGACCCUGUUUGGAGACGGUUAUCAUGUUGCACACGUCGGGCAGCACGUGCCGCCUCACAUGCAGCCCCUACCCUUAGGAGCUCGGAAUUACUUCGGGUCCGGUUCUCCGUAUCAUCCACCUUCUUACCCUAGAUAUGACACCUCAUGGCUAACGCAGUCGCCGAGCGGGCUCGGGUACGCUGGCGCGUGCGGAAGUAUGGGUCGCAGUCCACCCGGGUGUUCGCCACACAGCGCGCUGCCCCACCAGUCGUCGCCCGUCGCUGUCAACCCAUUUGCCACACAUCAAAUUCAAGGACAGCUCCAAAGUCCCUUGCAGCCCAUGCAGUCGAUGUCAAUGAAUACCUACAAUGCUAUUGGAGUUAGUGCCAUAGACGGGUCUCCGAGCCCCGGUCCUGGAUACGCGCCUUCAACUGGUGGCUUCUCGCCGAACAGACACCACGACAUCGUCACGUCGUCAGACGCGGCUGUUACUCGAUUUCCAUUUUGGCCUGAAGGUGGCUCCCCUAGCCCGAACCCAAGUUAUGUACCGUCCAGCAGUUUCUCGCCAACUCGACGUCAUGAAGCCGUCACUUCAUCAGAUGCAACUAGUGCUCGCUUCUCAUUCUGGCCUGACGUUGGUGUAAAAGAAGAAGCAUCUUCAAGCCUCGUAUCUAAUGCAGCACCUUAUUCAAAAUGUUUUAUGUAAAGUUGCCAAAGUUGGAGGUAAACACAAGACUAGAAUAUCAUAAGCACCAUGCGAAGAAUUACUAUGGAAUUAUUGAGUGUAAUAUAGAGUUCGUGUAGUGAUCAAUGUAUAAAAUUUGUUUGAUGUAAUCGUGCAUUUUAAUUUUAUGAACAUUAAAAUGUGUGACACGAGAUAUCAAAAAUAUUAUUUCAUAAAAGCUAGAAUAAAUGCACACUAUUAAAUAUUUGUGAAAAUAGUUUAAAAUUUUUGACUGAGGCGUUGAUUUAGAGAUAGGUACGAUAAUAUGGUGUUGAGUUGACAUAAUUAUUAUUUGUAGUGUACAAUUAUUGUGAAAAAUCAUUUGUCUAAUAGGUGUUGUUCAUAAAUGCUAUCUCUGGUAGUAAUAAAGGAUUAUGAAAUAAUAUUUCUCAUCAAUACAAAUCAUAAUUCUACGAAAAUUUGAAAUUAAACUCAAAAUUAAAUAACUAGUUCAAGUUUAUUGAAACACAUUUGGACACAGUUGGAAUAUUUAAGAAUUAUAUACAAAAUCUUAUUUUCAUUUCUACAGAUGAUUGAAAUAUCGACAAAUUAUUAGUUACAUAAUUCAUUAAAGACUACGUUUCUCUAAUAUCAUCAAAAUUGUCUUAUUUGAAUAUAUUAAUUAUCUACACAGAUAUCAGAAAUUAAUUAUCAGUUGAACCUUGCAUGAAUAUUGUUAUUUCAAUAUGACCAUUAUUCUUAGUUUAUGAUAUAUACCUAUACGAGAAAUCAAUGACAGGUUCACAAAUAAAGGCCAAUAAUGUGAUAUCUUUCGAGAGGCACUCGAUUGGGUUAAUAAAAUGUUCUGAUAUGAUGCGUGACGCCCCUGUACGCUUCAUGUAUGCGGUAUGAUGCCCAAAUAUUUGUAUGCACGAGCCCGCAAUAACACUGGGUUACCUCAUAAUACAUUGUCAUUUUUGUUUUUUUUUUUAUUGCCAGUAGUGCUACCUGAACCGAUUCAUUUACUUUGCAUAAUAAGUAAUAAUGAGUCGUUUGUGGAUAAAUCACGUCACUUAAGUACGUGAAUAUUAAUGGAAUAAUUUAUUCCAAUCAAUUACUACAUACUAUUAUAUCUUAUUUAUCUUCAAUGCCUUUUAUUUGAAAAAAAAAGUUCUUGGUACAUUUCUGUCUUAUUUUUUGAAUAAACGUCCAAUAAAAAUAUCACUCUCCCUGUUUUAUUCCGAAUAGGAAUAAUUAGAAUAAAUAAGCAUUGAUGAUGCCUUGAAGCUAGAUGAGAAAUGAUGCUGCUGCUUUCUCAACUUUUGAUCGGAGUUUGUAAACUGGGUAUGAGCAAUAUGGGUACUUAACAGUCCCUUUGGAUACAAUAUCGGUGAAUCUGUUUUUGAGACAGAUUUGACACCCAAGCCGAAGGCAAGGGUUUUGUUAGCCGCGAAUUGCAAUUUACCCAUGUAUCGAAUCACAUUUUAAAAAUAAACAACAAUAAUUAA